CAAGCAGCUCGAUUCCAGGAGGUCAUCGAUUGGUUGUCGCCGCCCGACCCAUGGACGAAUCACGCCUCUGCACGUAAACUCCACGAACCUCACACCGGCAAAUGGUUGCUGCAAUCAGGUCAAUACCAGCAGUGGAAACGUGGCGAUGUCCGUCACAUGUGGUUUUAUGGAAAAGCUGGGUGUGGUAAGACGGUGCUCAGUUCAACCGUGAUUGAAGAUUUGAAUCUGCAUUGCGAUACCGACACAGACUCUCGUCUCGCCAUUUUCUACUUCACAUUCUCGGACAAUCGCAAGCAGACGUUUGAAAGUCUUCUGCUCUCGCUCGUUCAGUAUGACAAGCCGAAUCGAAGCUUACCAGCACCCGCAGCUCUGGAGGAGAUUCUGCUCUCAUGCAUCGCACAAUCUGGACAAAUAUUCCUUGUGCUUGACGCCUUGGACGAGUUCCGCUGGGCAUUUUGCCAGCUUCUUGAGUUGAAGAAGCUCAAGUUCACCAAGCCCAGUCAUAUUCGGACGGCCCUCCUCGCAUUGCCUCCCACAUUAGACGAGACGUACGAGCGGAUCUUGACUGGGAUCGAUGACAUAUGUCGCAAUGACGCACUUGUGCUCCUCCGUUGGUUGCUAUAUGCACAGCGACCUCUGAGACCGCGUGAGCUGGUCGAGGCUACCAUCAUAGAUCCAUCUGGCGAUGGAGCGGUGGAUACGGAUGAUCGUGUUAAUGAUUUAGAAGGCGUAUUGGACAUGCUCGCGGGCCUUGUCCCCCUCGCCGACUCAAAGCCCGUGCCUCGCCAACGGACCGACGGCGACAGCUAUGUCCGACUGGCCCAUUUCUCUGUCCAGGAGUACCUGGAAUCGGAAAGGAUCGGACGUCACUCGGACGCUACCAAACAUGACUUGUUUCGCGUACAUGACCCGGACGUGCCUUGGGGGAAACCAUUUAGAUAUGUCGAGGAUCGGCGGCCGAUUGGAUCCGGAUUCUACUACGCCAGUCUGCUUGGACUCCAAAUGGUUGUGGAUGCACUUCUCGACGCCGGUUGCGAUGUCGAUGCCGAGGGUGGCGAAUAUGGCAACGCUCUGCAGGCGGCUUUGUAUGGGGACCACGAGGAGAUCGUGAAACUCUUGAUUGAAAAGGGGGCGAAUGUCAAUGCCCAGGAAGGCUAUUAUGGUAGUGCUCUGCAAGCGGCAUCGUACAGGGGUCACUUGAAGGUGGCAGAGGUAUUGUUAGACAGUGGGGCAGAUGUUCAUGCCUUUGGUGGACCGUUCGAUACCGCACUAGGCGCGGCGUCGUAUGGAGGCCACGAAGAAGUUGCGGCCCUUCUGAUCAAGUGGGGUGCGGAUGUGAAUGUAGGAGAAGAUGGCAAGCGGCACACUGCCGCAUUAGAGUGGGCAUCACUUGAAGGCCACGACGAGCUCGUGAAGAGGCUGUUAGAUGCAGGUGCUCAUGUCAAUGCUCAAGGCUCUUGGGGUGGUGCGCUACAGGCAGCAGGACGGGGUCGUCACGAAAAGGUGAUAUUGACACUCAUCGACCGAGGGGCAGAUGUCAACGCUCAGGGUGGCCCCUAUGGCAGUGUGUUACAGGCUGCAAUACGGUACAAUCACGCGAGGCUAGCGGAAAUACUAAUCGAGCGAGGGGCGGAUGUGAACGCUCGAGGAGGGCACUUCGGGAGUGCCCUGACGCUGGCAAUCGCGGGAGGCAACGAGCAGAUGGCUAUGGUGCUAUUAGAGCAAGGGGCAUAUGUUAACGGUCUAGGAGGCCGUUAUGGCAGUGCGCUACAGGCGGCAAUACAGUACGAUCACGAGAAGGUGGCCGAAAUGCUAGUCGAGCGAGGAGCAGAUGUCAACGCUCUAGGAGGGGAAUAUGGGAGUGCCUUGAGCAUUGCAAGCAAGAGGCGGCACUGGAAGUUAGCGAGGAUGCUCACACAACACGGCGCAGUUCUCGACCCGUCGGAACCAGACAAUUGGGACUGGGCUGCCCUAUGGUAUUGCGAAGAACUUUGA